AACUGCAUAUUCUUCGCGGGAGAGUGUUGUGUGCUUUAUAUUAUUUACCUCCACCGGUGAAAUUAUAAAUUUUCGUAUGUUUAGUUCUAAGAUGUUGUUAUCAAGUAAUGUGGUGUUAAGUAAAUAUCUUAGACUAUGAAUAAUCAAGCUACUCCUAGAAAUGUCCAUCAUUGGUUUGAAGAUACAAUGACUUGGUUUUCUAGUUCUGCUAUGGAUCUACAAACUUUUGUAAUAUGUGGUGGUGUCUUUGUAUUCUCUGCACUGGUUGUGUAUUUAAUUUCAGUUUUUGGUAUGCGAGAGCGUACGUAUGAAGAGGCUAUGGAAGAACAAAGGCGCCGAAAUCAAGAAGCUGUUCAUCAUACUAAAUCUGAUAAAAACAAGAAGGAGAAGAAAUUUAAAAAAUGGGGGAAAAGAAAAGAAAAGGUAGAUGAAGAUAAGAAUCAUAGUUGUGAUGGUGAAAAUAAAGCAAUCUCUGAAGAUAUUGAUUCUAAAGGUGAAGCAGAUGUAAAUUCUUCUUCUAGUCAGACUGUUGAAUCCAAGGGAUCAUCUGUAAAAAAGAGAGUUCGUCAACGCAAGGCAAUUGUUUUGGAAAAAGAAGAAGAUGCGUCUCAGCCUAUUUCUUCAUCAGAUGAUACCGAUGAUUUGCCUUCACUUUGCAGCUCACCAGUUACUAAGCAGCCCAUGGAAGAGCAUCUAAAAACUACCACAUCAGAUAAGAGCAUUGAUGUCAAGGAGGACUUCAAAAAUGAUAACUUAGAAAUGGGCAUUGAACUUCAAAAUAAUUUUAAAGAAAAAGUUGAGAUUUCAGAAUCCGUGAAACCUUCUCGAAAAUCGCCAACAAAAAAGACUAAGAAAGUUAAAUCUGAACACUUAGAAUUUGCUACUGAAUUUCGAGAAGGAAAUGAAAGUCGGAUAUUGACCAUGAUAAAGACCACUUCCCUCUCUGAGGAUGAAAUCCAAGCUAUAUUGGAUGCAUUAGGAGCAAAGCAGAAGUUCAAUGAGAAGAAGAAAAGUGAAAUAUCAGCAUUAAAAAAAGUAAUUCAAGAAAAAGAAGAUGCCUUAAGAAAUGAGCAAAAGUUGUUACAAUCUGCAAAUGAACGCAUCAAUGAGUUGAUUCAAGAAUUAAGUGAUGAAAAAUCGCAAGCUUCUGCCACUGAAAAAUCGCUGAGGGAUGCCCUGAACCAGGAGCAACAAGAGAUCAAAGCAUUGCAUGGCAUGAUGCAACGUAAGCGAGAACAAUAUGGAUCUGAAAUUUCAUCUCUUCAAUCUAAGAUGCAGCAGAUGAAAAAUAAAAUGAAAGAAGAACAUUCUAUAGCACUUCAAAGAUUACAAGAUGAAAACAAUCAGCUUCAGUCCUUGAACAGGAUGGAAUCAGAAAAACAGCAGAGAGGCACAAUGGAAAUAUCUCGCCUUCAGCAUGAAGUGGAUCAGCUUCGAUCAUCUCGGGAUAAAUUUGAAUCUCACCAAGCUGCUGUGCAGGAAGAUCUUCGUAGACAGAUCCAGCAAUUAGAAAAGCAUAUUGAGCAACUUAUAAGUUCACAUCAAGAAGAAGAAUACAGCUAUAAGCAGAGAAUUAAUGAAAUGAGCAAUAAAAUUCAGCAAACAGAAAAUGCACGCUCUUCAUUGGUUCAGGAGUUGCAAAAUGCACAGUCAGUAUGCAGUACUCUGGAAGCUGAUAAUUCAACUCUAAGGCAGCGAUUGGAUGAAGCUAAACAUCAGUUAAAGAAUUCUGAACAGGAAUUACUGCAGCUGCAGAGUAGAUUGGAGGAAUCAAACAGACAACAAAGAGAUUUAGCCAAUUGCCUUGAGAAAAUGAGAGAUGAAGUCAUGGAUUUGUCCAAUUUUAAACGAGAGCAGCUACAAAUUAUCCAGACACUUAAACAAGAAAAUGAAGUUCUAGUCUCUCAAGUUAACCAGAAAUUGCCAGAAAGUUCUGAGCAUCAACAGCAAAAUGGUGAUUUUAAUGAUAAGUCCAAGCUUAUAGAAAUUGAGGAACAUGAGGCUAUAAUACAAGAAAAAGAAAAUAUGCUGCAUCGACUUUUGCAAGAAUUAGAACACUGUAAGUGUGAAAUUGUUUCAUUGUCAAAUGAAUUGGAAAAUCAAAGGAAAAUGAAUAAGGAAUUAAAUAACAAAAAUAAAGAACUGGUUGAACAAUUGAAGCAGUCUGAAGCAAAGUUUGAAGAAAUUGUGAAAAAAUGUGAUAUUAAAGUUCAAGAAGCUCAGAUAAAAAUGGAUAAAGAUUUCCAAAACAGAUUAAAUAAACAAAUAAAGGAAGUUGAACAGGCUUUGCGGCAGAGUUUUGAAAAAGAAUUGGAAAAUAUUCAAAAAGAUGCUGAAAAUAUUAAAAAGGAUGCUGAUGAAAGACUAAUGAAAUCUGAAUCUGAAGCUAAUAUCAGAUUAGAAGAGUUUCAAGAAAGUUUAUAUGAUAGAUUGAAUCAAAUAAAUUCUGAAGCAGAAAAAAAAGUAAAUGAUGCAAUAAAAGAAAAAGAGAGAAUGGAAAAUGAACUACAAAAUUUACAUUCUUCUAUAAAGAUUUUUCUGCAAAGGAUUUUUCCUAAUUUAAAUGUCCCUGAAAGCAUGGAAAAUAAGGUUAUGUUGACAAAAUAUGAGACAGAAAUUAGAUGUUUCAUAGAAGAACUAAAAGGUGACAAAUCUCAUGAUUCAAAAGAUGUGGAAAACCUGAUGAAGAAAUUAGAUGUGGCUGCUCAAGAAAAAGUCAAUCUGGAAUCUCAAAUUAGAAUUUAUGAAAGUGUCUUAGCAGAAACAGAAAGUAUACUAAAAAAUCUUCAAAAUAACAUUGAAAAUGAAGAAAAGAGAUGGAAACUUGAGUUGCAUUGUAAAGAUGAAACUCUCAAAGAAGUUCUUAGUGAGAACGAAGAAUUAAAAUCUGAAAACAAAAAUCUUAGAACAAAUCUUGAACAACUUCAAGGUUUGAGAGAGGCUCUUUAUGAAAUUGAAGAAUUGAGAGUUAAAUUGCAGAAAGAAGAGUCUGAAAAGAAAAUGCUUCUUGAAAAAAUUGGCAAUCUGCAGGAUUCUACAAACACUUCUUCAAUACCACUUCCUGAAAAUAAUAUAUUACAAUUUCCCCAGUCUAAUAUUUUACCUACUAAAUCAGAGAAAAGAAAGAAGUCUCGGAAAAGGGGAGCAUCUGGCAAGAAAUAAGUUAACAUCAACUUUGCAUUCCCUCCACAAGAUAUAAAACUGUAAAAAGAAAAAAUAGUUUAGAGUGCUUAGUUGAAGAUUGGAUGAAUCUUGGAAAACUUGCAUUUGUAAAUGAAUGCUAGUUAUACUAGUAUUUAAAAAGUAUAUUCUAAGUACAUAAAUAAGUGCUUGUAUUCUGCAGCUCAUGUAAGACCCAUUUUUUAUAGCAUUUUUAUUUCCACAGCUAUGCAAGCCUUUGUGCUGGCUACAUAUGCAUAUAUAGAUUCAUACAUUGUAUUGUUACAUUGAUAGAAUAUAUGAAUAGACUAUAAUGAUUCCUCUUCUCUGUUUUUUCUUCAUAACUUAAGAUUUUAUAGAAAUGUAAUGAAUUCUACAGUUUGACUGCAUGAAAUUAUUUUUCAAUCAUCCAUUCUGUAUUGUUUUUUGCAAAAAGAUAGAUUAACUCUCAAGAAACCAGUAUAGUGGAAAUUUAAAUGUUUUUUUUCCAGUGUUAUUGAACAUGACUUCUUAUUCUUUUUCCUCUCUCCGUAUGGGUGAAAAAGUUUUCAUAAUGCCAUUUCCAUCCAAUAUAUAUAUA